AUGAAUAACAAAAUAAAACUUAAAAAGUUUGCCGAAUUAAUACACAACUCGCCAAUAUCACGCGUCAAGAAGGGUGACGAGUCUAUAUUAUUUAAUCUUGAUGGCAAUGAAUAUUAUUCUACUUCACCGGAGAUGUUCUUUCAAGAUGGAAAAAGACGCAUAGAUUACGUUCUCGUCUUUAAAUCCGGUGAAAUGGAUGACACUAUUAAGUCAAAGCGUUAUGCCUUUCUCUCUGCCCUUGCUGCACAAAUGAUUGAAAUCGAGGUAGAGAAUUGCCAAGGCGAAAUUCUUGCCAAGACCGGUCCUCAAAGUGCCGGUUUCAAAGAUGAUGCGUCUUUCCAAUUGGUGCAUCCGGAAUCUCCCGUUGGUGAUUUAACCUCUAAUGGGGAAUUUUAUCGCGAUGAUCACGCUAAUCCACUUGAAGCUGCUAUUCAUGCCCGUCAGGAUCUCGUGUUUGUUAAACUACACGCCAGCUGGUCUACUCUCAUCAGAGUCGCAGAAGUUUUACAGUUUAAAAAACCUCUUAAACAGUUAUCUUCAUCGAUUAAGUUAAAUCUACCAGUCAUUUCGUGCAUUGACCGUAAUAUUGAUCACUUUCCUCUCGCUGCUUUAUCAAACCACGCCAAUUGCAAAUCCACCGGUGUUGUAAAUUCCAAGAACAUAUCACCGCAACACCACUUUGCUUCAGUGCUAUGGCAAGUGCCCACGUUUAAAUGUGACCACGGUCACCCACGAUUGGGUAAUUCUCAAGGCCACAUCUUUCUCCCUUUAAACAAGCCCGCUCUUCUGCGCACGACCACGUCUUCGUGA